AGAAAAAAAACUCAAAUUAUACAACACCCCUAAUUCACCGCCUCUACUCCCCAUCUCUCCUACCUUAACAUAUAUUCCUCUACUCUUCCACAAAUACACAUGCACUGCGGUGCUGGUCCCCGGCAGACCGGCUCUGGCCAUGUCGGCGGGGAAAGUCGCGGCCAACAGCGUCGAAGGAGCGCCUGAAGAACACACAGGAAAGGCGCGCUCUUCUUCUAAGGCUUCAUCGAGAAUCCCGGUCUCCCUGCCCCGCAUCAUGACACGGGUUUCCUCUUGCAGUGUAUGGUCUGAGCCAGCUGCCCCUUCCUCCUCCUCCUCCUCCUCCUCCAUCUCCUGUAUGGACUUGUCACGGAAACGGAAGGGGAAGGGCAGGAGCUUGGGAGGGAUCAUAUCUGGCCACCCUAUGCACCAGGUGCCUCUGUCUUCAAACGGGAGUUUAGAUGCCGAGAUGCUUAGUGAACCGGACAGGUCAGAGGGAGAGGACCAGCAAAGCAAAAUGAGAUGCUUCAGUAGAGAACCGCACAGUCAGAUUGAGAAGCGACGGCGGGACAAGAUGAACAUCCUCAUCGAAGAGCUCUCCGCCAUGGUGCCUGCCUGCAACCCGCUAGCCCGUAAGCUGGACAAGCUGACUGUACUCCGUAUGGCUGUGCAGCACCUUAAAUCCCUUAAAGGGACUACAAGUUCUUUUUCUGAAGCCCAUCCCAAGCCUUCAUUUCUGCCUGAAGAUGAACUCAAACAAUUAGUGCUAAGAGCUGCAGAUGGUUUCCUGUUCGUGGUGAGCUGUGACAGGGGAAAGAUCAUCUUUGUCUCAGAGUCCAUGUCUAAGACACUUCACUAUAGUCGGAUGGAGCUGAUAGGACAGAGUCUGUUCGAUUAUGUUCAUCCUAAAGAUGUCAGCAAGGUGAAGGAGCAGCUGUCUGCAUCAGAACUGUAUCCUCGUGAGCGACUCAUUGAUACUAAAACCGGGGUGCAGGUUCCCUCCGAUGUGCCGUCUGGAAACUACAUUAGCACGGGCGCCCGUCGCUCCUUCUUCUGUCGCAUGAAGCAGAGCCGGGCCGCGUGGAGGUCGGGGAAGAAGGUGCCUCAGCUCUCCACCUCCAAGAAGAAAGAAUCCCAGCGGUACUGCACUGUGCACUGUACAGGCUACAUGCGCAGCUGGUCCACCCACCAGCUCGACACAGAGAGCGAAGUGGACAUGGAGAGGGAGAGCUCCCACCUCCCCUGCCUGGUGGCCAUGGGCCGCGUCCACUCCGGCCCCCUCCCUCGAGAGGAGGCCAGCGAGGUCACCGUCAGGCCUACUGAGUUCGUCACCCGCUAUGCCGUUGAUGGCAAGUUUACCUUUGUAGACCAAAGGGCCACUACUAUCAUAGGAUAUUUGCCUCAGGAACUACUGGGAACAUCUUGUUAUGAGUAUUUCCACCAAGAGGACUUGGCACAUCUGGCCGAAAGCCACAGGAAAGUCCUCCGCAGCAAAGAGAAGAUUGAGACAAACCGCUACAAGUUCAAGACGAAACAGGGCUCCUUUGUUACACUCCAAAGCCAGUGGUUUAGUUUUAUAAAUCCGUGGACCAAAGAGAUGGAGUUUAUUGUGUCGACAAGUAAAGUUGUAUCGGGUUGUGGUGAAAAAGGGGAGAAGGCAGUGGAGCCAAGUGAUUUCAGGACAACGCAAGCCUCAGCAGAGGAAGUCAAGCACUUCUCUCCGGUUAUUCCUGGAAUCAGCAGUGGCUCAGGCACAAUGAUCUACACUGGAAGCAUUGGGACCCAAAUUGCCAACGAGUUGCUGGACUUCAACAGCAGGAUGAACUCUCCCUCAAGUGGGGCGCCUAGCCCUUUCUGUUUACUUCCAGAGAAGUCUCCAGUAGUGCCCUCACAACCCAGCGGCCCCGUGCCAAACACAGAGCAUGAUGGCAGGCAGCCUGGGAAGUCUGGACUGGAGCCAAGCCAGGGACCCAGCGGGGCUGCCUUCCUGGGCGGCGAGGCCUCCACGAGCGCAGGCGAGAUCGCUGAGUUGGACCUGGACACAGUGGUGGGGCCCAGUGGCCUUGGCCUUAGCAGUGACGAGGCAGCCAUGGCAGUGAUCAUGAGCAUUCUGGAGACAGACACUAACCUGAGCGGAGCCAUGGACUUUGACGAGUUGCAAUGGACUCUGUGACAGGAAAAAAAAAACACCUUGCAUCUUAAACUUCUCUUGCACCUCUCUUUCUCUUUCUCUUUCUCUCCCUCUCUUUCUCUCUCUCUCCAUUCAUCUACUUUUUUUCUGUUGUGAACCAUGUUGGAGUUGGAGUGCAAACUGAGGACUCCAAGACAUAAAAAAACGAGAGAAGUCCCUCAGACUGCAGUCUUUCCGCUCCUGUGAUUCUAACAUCUCACAAAUGCCUUGAAACACAUACUGGUGUAGGGCUGCACAGCUUCUGAAACCUGCAGCCAUUCAAAAGAGUGGGUUCGCUCUUUUAUUGCUGAGAAGUAUUUAUAAAUGUUAUGAAUGUUGUUUCAUCCUGCUAAUAUGCAGCUGCUUAAUUAUUCAAGAGUUUUCCCCCAAGAUGUAAUGUGCUUUCUUACUUUUAGUUAAACAAAUGGGAUAUGGGGGGGGGGGGCAAAUAUGGAGAAUCUGUAGACUUGAAUAGUGUGACUUCUGUGUUUGUGUAUGUAUCGGGGUUUUUUUUGCGUUGUGGUGGCUUGUCUACAGCCCCCCCUCACAAAAUGUGGCAAACUGAGGAAACUGGGGAGGUGCCAUGUGUCUUUGGAGAACGUUCUGGCCAGACACUCAAGAGACACAGGAAUGAAUGAUCUGGAGUUUCCAACAGGAGUAGGAGAGUAGCAAGUCCCUCUUUCAUCGGGAGCCAGGGCCAUCACUGACUGGACAUAAUACAGAGUCCCAGAGCAUCUUGGCUAGAUUGGACCAUAUCAUCAGUCCAGUACUGUAGACAGAAAACUGAGAGGUUUCCAUGGCAACGCAUCAUUUUUACUGAGGAACUGUAAUUUAUUACGUUUAUUACUCUUUAUUGUGAUUUUCGUUUUUUUUCUGAUGCUUGUACCUACGUCAAGAGGCGAGCACUACUGAGAGGAAAUCCCAGUCAAUCUGAGCACCGAUCCUUAGCAACUGAUUUGAGAUCAGAUGAGUAACCACGACAACGACAGAACGGAGAGACUCAUCGGAGAGACUCAUCAGAGAGACUGAGAUUCCCUGUUUGAUUGUUUAUUUGUGACAGACUGUUAUCUCAGACUGAAAAAUAUUCUGACGUCCCCCAUUGCUUUCUGUAAAGACAUUGUUCACCGCCUUGUAUGAGUUCAUUCUGUAGGAGCAGACACAGACACAACUUGAGAGUGUUUCAACUCAGACGCGCCUUGGGACCAACUACAUGAGUUUGAAACGAUGUUGUGCGUACUGUUCUGUGUCCAAGUGAAUGAAGAUUAUCGGAUUGAGGAUAUCCAUACACUUGAAUUCACAGACAAAAAAAAAGUUACAUUGAAGGCUCUACAUACCAAAAAUAACUUGUCAAAGGAAAUAUUGUAAAAAUGCUGUCAGUGCUGAGCAAUCAGCUGUUCAUAGUAAAUCUAAAUGUGAAAUUUGUUAAGUGAAACAUUCAUCUGUGCUGCUUGCGCAAAUGUUGUCCCAAUGACAUAAAAUGAGGCCCUAGAAAUGUCCUUGCCUUUGAAAAAGAUGUCUUUGGCCACUCAUUCUGCCAUUCUGUUAAUUGGUUUUACUUAAUAGCCCUUGUUAGCUGAAGACAUAAAAAGAUCUUACUGAAUGUUAUUCAUCUCAGUGAAACUAAAAGUCUUAUGUAUAUACAUGUACAGUAAUUGUCCGCCAUGAAUUUGAUUCAAUGAGCGAUUUCAAAUAUGAUUUAUCUACCAUCUUCAGCAGGAGACUAACAAUUGGCAUUAUGAGCAGGUGAGUUUGUGAAAAAUGAUGCUGCUGUAAUAUCACCAGCAAUAGGAAUGCAAGGCUAGUAGGCCAGUAGGCUUGAUGUUACUAGCUUAGAAAUAGUGAGUAGAUUAUUGUAAUGAAUAACUAAUUUCUACACGGGUUAACAUGAACCAUAACACCAUAAGCCUAUGUUUCAUAACAAAUGCCAUAACAAAUGAUGCCUAAUGAAAUAACCAAGACUAAUCUCUUUUUACACGUUUAGCCACUCCAUGCUAUUAGUGUUGAUGAUACAGUAUAGCAUUAAUGCGCCAUCGUCAGGUCUGCACAAUUAUGAAAUAUUUCUGAUAAGGAAGAAGUUUAAAGCCACAUAUAAGGUGUUCAACAACACAUUAAGUAAUAUAAUUCAAACUCAAUGCAUACAUUACACAGAAUAUUUGAGCCCACUGAGCACCAAGCAGCCAAAUGAGCUCCCGCUUGUGCAGCCUGGGGGAAUUACCUCCAAACCAUUUUGGGUUUUUUCCGUUUGCAUUUCAUUUCCAUUUCUGAUGCUGGGCAUUGUGUUGUUCCACAAAUACACAAAUAUUGCUUUGCAUUCUUUUGUGAGUUCCUUUUGUUGUAAAAAAUGAAUGCUUGUCAUUCAGACCCAUGGGAUCUGUUGAAGGAAAAAAAGUGAGGAGCUGUAUCCUCCUGGCUGAGAUUUUCACAUGUGACUGAGACUGGGGUAAAACAGUGCAAAGAGUUAGGUGGCCUAAUGUUACAAACACACACAGGUGAAUCUCUUGUUCAGUGGCAUGCCUAAUGGUACCUACAGACUGUGCAAUUCAACCAACCUUAAAAGUGUAUUGCAAGCCUGUGACAUGGAUCUAAUAAAGUUGGGAAUGACAAGUA